AUGAAGCUCGGCAUAUUCGCAACCCUCUUGUGGAGCUCGAUCGUAGCAGGUCAAUUCGAUUACCCUGAACUCCCAGUUAAUUUUCUUCAAACUACUACCCCAACCACUCCUUUACCCCAGGGCUUUCCGUGGGGUACGAAAACUGCAAAUAAUACCAACGCUUAUCCACCAAACACUGGUCCUGCCCCCCUCCAUGCAAUCACUAACAAACGAAGUGUCUUGCGAAUUUACGAUUUCACUGUUGCGAGGACAUUGGGUUCGCCGGACGGCUACCAGAAGCAUUCUUUGACCAUCAACGGGCAAUUCCCCGGUCCCUUGAUUGAGGCAAACUGGGGUGACACUAUUCAAGUUACUGUUCAUAAUAAGAUCACCGGCCCAGACGAAGGAGUGGGACUUCACUGGCAUGGAAUCCUGCAAAAGACAUCUCAAUGGAUGGACGGUGUUCCAGGGGUCCAGCAAUGCCCCAUUCCGCCUAACGGAACCUUCACCUAUACCUUCCUUGCCGAUCUUUACGGGACUUCUUGGUAUCACUCGCACUAUUCAGCUCAAUACGCUGGAGGUCUUGUUGGUCCUAUGGUCAUUCAUGGGCCACAAACCGUCCCUUAUGCUAUCGACAAGGGCCCAUUUCUCCUGACAGAUUAUUAUCAUAAAGACUACUUCUCUCUUGUGGAAGAAGUCAUGACUCCAGGAGCUGCACCGCCAUUCUCCGACAACAAUUUGAUCAAUGGAAAAAACAAUUUCAACUGCUCUACUGUAGCCUCAGGGGAUAACACAACCUGCCAUAACGGAGCACCCCUUUCAGUGACUCAUUUCACACCUGGGGUGGUCCACAGACUCCGCCUAAUCAAUGCCGGAGCGGAAGGAGUGCAGAAGUUCUCAAUUGACGGUCACAAUCUUACGGUCAUUGCAAACGACUUUGUCCCUAUCAUUCCUUAUACUACUGAUGUUGUGACACUUGGAAUUGGCCAACGAACUGAUGUUCUCGUCACUGGACUCACGACUCCCUCCCUCGGUGGCUACAUAAUGCGCUCUUCUAUUGCUGGUGGCGGUUGCUCCUUGACCAAUCAGCCUGACGCAACAGCCAUCGUGUACUAUGGACUGCUUCCACCCGCAACUAUUCCCAAAACAACACCCUCGCCAAACUUCGUUACCUCGACCGCAACAAUAUGUGCAAAUGACCCACUUACAGAGACAGUCCCCUGGUACCCAAUUCAGCCGGAUCCUAACCCGCCAACCACCAAAGAAAUCGACAUUGACUUCCAUACAAAUGACACUGGCUUCUCACUCUGGUAUAUGAACGGGGAAUCCUUCCGAACAGAUUACAACUCGCCCAUCCUCCUACUUUCGAAGGCUGGCAACAACACUUUCGAGCCGGAAUGGAACGUUGAGAACUUUGGUUCCAACUCUUCUAUCCGAAUCGUGAUCAACAAUAAUAGUCCAACUGGAGGGUUCGCUACCCAUCCCAUCCACUUGCACGGCCACAAUAUGUUUAUCCUGGAUGUCGGAAUCGGGACUUGGGAUGGUACGACGACUGUCAACGCAAAUAACCCCCAGCGAAGAGAUGUCCAGCUUUUGCCAGCUGGAGGAUAUAUGGUGUUGCAGAUCUUUGCCGACAAUCCUGGUGCUUGGCCGUUGCAUUGCCAUAUUGCAUGGCAUGUAUCAGCCGGUCUGUAUGUGACGGUUCUCGAACGCCCGGAUGAUAUUGCGAAUCUCCCUAUUCCAUCUAUCAUGGCUCAAACCUGCAGAGAUUGGUCUGUGUUUACUGGCGAAGAGGUCGUCAACCAGAUUGAUUCUGGUCUUUAG